UCAUCUUUUACUGUCGAUACAUAACAGUUUCUCUCAGCGACUUGUCACCCGUCACAGCUUUUAUGUCCGCUCCUCUGCUAAUUGCCGCUGUUGUUGGCGGUGGGGUCCUGCUUCUUAUGCGGCGUUUAUUCCCCCGUCAGAAAGCCGUUAAGUUGCUCCGUUAUUCAGGAGAAAAUAUGCGAGGCAAGACAGUCAUCGUGACCGGGGCAAACAGCGGGAUAGGGAAGGCCCUGGCCGGGGAGCUUUUGAAGCUCCGCGCCCGGGUCAUUAUGGCUUGCCGGGACCCGCGGAGCGCCGAGGAGGCAGCACAGGACAUCAAGAAGCAAGCGGGACCAGAAAACGGGGAGGUGGUCAUCAAACACCUGGACCUGGCUUCUCUUAGAUCAGUCCGAAAUUUCUGUGAGGAGGUGACUCAGGAGGAAUCCCAGGUUGAUGUGCUCAUCAACAACGCCGGUAUUUACCAGUGUCCCUACACAAAGACAGACGAAGGUUUUGAGAUGCAGCUCGGUGUGAAUCACUUGGGUCACUUCCUCCUCACUCACCUGCUGCUGGACCUCCUGAAGGCUUCGGCCCCUAGCCGCAUCGUGGUGGUUUCCUCUAAACUUUACAAAUAUGGCCACAUCAACUUCGAUGACCUGAACAGUGAAAAUAACUACAAUAAGGCCUUCUGCUACAGUCAGAGCAAACUGGCCAACCUUCUGUUCACGCUGGAGCUGGCCCAUCGCCUCGAGGGGACGGGGGUCACAGUCAAUGCUCUCACCCCGGGGAUCGUGAGGACCAGGUUAGGCAGACACAUCCAAAUCCCCCUCCUGGCAAAGCCGCUGUUCUACCUUGCCUCAUUGGUCUUUUUCAAGAGUCCAUUGGAGGGGGCCCAGACUCCUCUCUAUCUGGCCUGCUCCCCAGAGGUGGAAGGAGUGUCGGGGAAGUGCUUUGCUAACUGCGAGAAGGAGGAGCUGUUACCCAAAGCUACAGAUGAGGAGGCAGCCAAGAAACUGUGGGACAUAAGCAGGAGGAUGGUUGGACUCGCUGACUGAGCAGAGUCCAGCUCUGUGGAUGGAGUUUGGGGAGUGGACUUAAGUGUUCUUGGACCUGAUAGCUAAUCUCUUGCAGCUCCACAGACACCAUUCUACAAGCGUCCACUUGCAAUAAAUAAAAGAACUAUUUCCAUCCUGAGGAUAAGAACAUUAAUUGAAGAGCAUAUUGUAGAGUGAAGUGCGAUAGUGGUGUGUGUGCAAGAGUGCCACAAUGCUUAGAGAUUGUAUAAAGAUUUUAAUUUUAAGGUGUGCCUAUCAAAGUGAUGUUUAAAAAAACAAUGAAGCAGUGUUAUGUGAAAUAAUCUGCUUACGUCUCAAUAACCCUCCAGGUUUGCUUCUCCCCUAAUUUUUAAUAAGCUAAAUAGCUUUCCAAUUUCCACACCAUUUAAGAAAUCAGCUUGCACACAGCCGUAGCAGGGUUAUAUAAGUGCAUGUAAACAAACCCUCACUCCCUAGAAAGACUCAGUGGGGGGGGAAACAUUUCCCUGUCUCUGAUAAAAACAUUUCAUAGAAACAGAUGUGAAAAUUAACUCUAAACUUGAUAAUUUACUAUAUUCUGUAAUGAAUCGAAUGCAUAGAUUACAGUUUUGUGUCUUGACCUAAUCAGACAGGCAUCCUCGGGUCAAAAGGAGCAAACUCUCAGGUGCAUCGCCUCAUAGAGUUCUUCAAAGCCACGCUGAGUUGUCACAUUUUCCCGUCAGUGCUUGUGCUCUGCAGCUCCUGGAGUGAAACGCGUAUCUGUUUCAGGUUCAGCUGUGGUGUUGGAAAGCUAAAUUUUUGCAUGCUUUAGCAUCUGCUUUGCUGUGCAGAGGAAGGCGAGGUGGUGGAGUGAUAGCAGUUGAUCUAGUUCCCUUCAUCUUGAUGUGUUUGAAGUGUAAAUGCUUUCUGCUAGGACAGCAAGGUUAGCGAUGCCGAUCGGUGAGCUGCUGCGCUGCAACUCCCUCCUGCGGAUGGAUUGAGAGUCCUCUUACCUCAUUUUUAUUAGUUAAAGUUCAAAGGCAUUUGAAUAAAUUCAAGAGCCUUUCCAGACCAUUUACUCAAUUGCUAAGUGUGCUAAAUGAACCAGUUUUCAAAUGAUACCAAAGGGUAUUUAGAGAAGGACUGCAAGUAAUCAUUUUCCCACCAGAAUAAUCAAUUUUUCCCAGUUAAUCGAUCAAAUGAAAACUAUCCUUCAUGAUAUUAACAUGCCAUCGUCUUCAAGGAAGAAAUGUGGUCGGGGGAAAAAACCUGAAUGAUUGUGAAAUCAAGAUCGAAACACCAAAGCUGGACUUUGGAGAUAUGGAAAAAGGUGAUGUGGUGUGAUGAGUCUGGUGAGAGUGGUUAUACUCUGGUGAUUGACAAAUCAGGACAAGAACAGACGUGGAUGAAGCACUUACCUUACAGGUCUGUGGGGGUAGUGUGUGAGGUUGCUUCAGUUGGUCAGGUUUAGGUUAGGCACCUAUGUACCCAAAAUACACAUAAUGAAUACACUGAAUGAGCUGGUUUGGCCAUCAGUACUUUUCUUCCAUGACCACGCCGGUAAAUUCCAAGGUGACAAUGUCAAGGUUUAAUGGGGAUCAAAUUGAAAAUCAGUCAAACUCUUUGUUUUUAGGUAUUUUGUCCAAUCCCUAUUUAUUUAGUGCUUGGCGUGGCACUUUUAAUACAUCAAAGGGGAGUAUACCAUGAUAUAAUUUUCCUUAGUAGCUCUAAAUUAGUUCGUUAGAUAUCACAGACACUCACAGAAUAUUAUCCAUUUCCUUUUCUGUAGUAUUUUCUUGAUGAUGACUCCUGGGAAAACACAAAUAAACUUCCUCUCUGUUCUGAA